AUGGAGGAAAUCCCCCUGGGCUCUGUGCUGGAGCUGAUCCGAGAAAAACACAGUUUGGACAGAGUUAAAAAGAAACUCUUAAGAAAUGCUGCCUUUGGAAACUUUUUUGGGGUUCUGGCCCUGUUCCAGUCAGGCCGUCUUAUAAAGACGCGGGAGGCGGCGCGGCCCGGCUUCAGCCUGGCCCUGGCGCAGGUCUUGCAGGCGAUGGAGGAAAUCCCCCUGGGCUCUGUGCUGGAGCUGAUCCGAGAAAAACACAGUUUGGACAGAGUUAAAAAGAAACUCUUAAGAAAUGCUGCCUUUGGAAACUUUUUUGGGGUUCUGGCCCUGUUCCAGUCAGGCCGUCUUAUAAAGGACCAGGAGACACUCCUGCAUUGUGUCCAGCUUCUGCAGAGCCUGUCACAGCGCCCAGAGUACCUCCGAAAUCUGCCUAGGCAAGCUCUUGUUGACAUCCUCUCGGAGACCCCUCAGGCUGUGUUUGAGGAGGUCCUGUUCAGCACUUUACAGGCUGACCUCACUUCAGCCUUCAGUUCCCCGGAGCAGCUGCACCUCUUGCUUGUGGCCAUACAGAAGUUCCCCGAAGUUCUUCAGCCCAAGAAACUGAAGAAACUGCUGGGCUCGUCCACCCUUGUAAACCCGGAAAACAUUCCCAAGCUUGUAGCAGUUCUGAAGACUGCUGCCAGAUCUGAGAAGAAGGACAAGAAUCUGCCAAGUGUAGGGCUGGAUCUGCUGCAUGUUUCUCUGAAGGAAGGUGCCUUUGACCUGUUCUGGAAAGAAGCUGUGGAGAAUGGGUUGCUUAAAGAAAAAUUGGGACCAAACAGUUACAUGUGCUACCGCUUGCUGGGCAGUGCUCUCCCACUCUUGUCUCUGGACCAGCUACAGACGGUUCUCCGAGGAGAAGUGAUGCAGAGCUAUGGUGACCAUGUGGUGUCGGCUCAGCUUCCAGACCGGUUUAGGUUUGCUCCGGAGAUGGAAGCCUAUGUUGACACGUUCUUCCGGGACUGCGAUGACCCAGAGAAGCAGUUUGCAGUGUUGGUUGGUUUCUCUGCCCUUACCAAUCAAGGCUGCCCAGUGGUCCAGAGCUUUUGGAAGGUGGUAAAAUACCUUCAGCCUGUGGCAUUGGUGAAGUACUUCAGCUGGCUCAAGAACAUGUUCCUCAAGCCAGACUUCAGCUGCUGUUUAGAUUUCACGACUAGCCGGCAAAAGCAGAACCAGGAGAUCGCAAACCUAACUGAGCACCGUGUGGUCUGCCUCAGAAAAUGGAUUAUCCACCGACUCAUAGGCCUCCUUGACAGUCAAGUAAAAAAGGAAGAGGAUUUUGUGAUGGAGGUUGCCAGAUUUUGCUUCUUCCAUGCUUUCUUCAUGACCAAGAAACCAACCUCUGAAAUACCUGAGACAGAAUCCAUCCCAUCACCCCCCCUGCUUGAACGAUCUCGCUCAGUGGCUGCAAACUUGUUUUUCAGCUUGCUUCAGAGUUUAAACUCUAUGCCUGUCUUGGGGGACACAGCAGAAGCUGCAGCUCUGAGGGAGCGACACGUUCAUGGUGUGACUGUAGAUGGCAAACUCUGGAUCUCUCAUAUUGUGCAGUAUGCCAAUGUCCUGCUGUCCCAUGAAAAGAACGUAAAGGCUGUGACGCCCUUUACCAAGGAACAGAAGGCUGCCUGGAACCGAAUGUUGCAGACUGUGGAGAACCUGCAGGAGAAGGAGAAGUCUCACGGUGCAGAAGUCUUUGCUUUCCAGCAGCUCCUGCUCUUAGUUGGCAUUUAUCUCUUCAAGACUCCCACGGAAACUAUGGAUCUUCUGAAUGACCUUCUGAGCUGCAUGGAGAGGGUGUUUGACAAGAAAUCCAAGAAGAAAAAGUGUGAUGAGGAGGAGCCAGAAUGGGUGGAGGUGAUAGUGGAAGUUCUUCUAUCCCUCCUGUCUCAGCCCAGCCUGCUCAUGCGCCGUGUCUCCAAAAGUGUGUUUGCACGCAUCUGUCCACACUUGUCCAAGAGGGCCCUGCAUUUAAUCCUCGAUGUUCUUGAUCCAGAACAAGAUCAGGAUGAAGAAAGUGCUGUUGUGGUGACUGAGGAAACAGGCAAGAAGAAACCCUUGCUGGAGGAUAUGAAUAAAGCAGCAAGUGCAGAUUCUUCAGAUGAAGACAGUUCUGAGGAAGAGGAGGAUGAAGAGGAAGAUAGUGGAGAUGAGGAGAAGACCAGUGACGAAGUAGAUGAAAACUUCCGAAAGCAGCUGAUGAAUGUCCUACAAGCAGGAAAUGCUUUGGGAGGAGAUGAGAGUGACGAGGAUGUGGAUGAUGAGACCAUGAUGGCCCUCGACGAGAACCUCUCGGCCCUCUUUGCUGAGCAGCAGAAGCGGGUCCAGGCCAAGAAGGAUGAGCGAGACAAGAUGCGGAAGGAGAAAAUCUUACGGAGGGAUUUUAAGAUUAAGGUGCUGGACCUCAUUGAGGUGUUCCUUACCAAACAGCCUGAGAACCCCCUGGUGUUUGAUACCAUCGAGCCUCUUCUCUUGGUGAUUGAGCAGACCAUGAGCAGUGAUUCUGACAAACAGGAGCAAGAUUUCCUCCAGAAAACCGCCAAUAUUUUCACGAACCACUUGUGUCGAGCCAAACAGUAUUGCAAGAGUGUGGGUGACAUGCAGGAGCACUUGCACACCCUGAUGGACAGCCUGCUGAAGAGAGCUUGCAAGCAUAGUGACUCCUCUGUGGCACUCUACUUCUUCAGUGCCUCUCUGUACCUGUUCAAGGUAUUGAAAGGAAAUGUGGCCAGUGAGGCAGCAACUCCUUUUUCAACAACAAAAAAGAAGCUGAAGAGCAAAGAAGGGCCCUGUGACCAAACGGACCAGCCUUCUGGCACAGGCGUUCUGGACCUGGGGAGGGUGACUGUGAUGUAUCAGGAGGCACUGAGUGGAUUCUUGACAAAGCGCAACUGUGCCCUCACAGGCUCCAUGUUUCUUGAUCUCUUCAACCGUUUCCCGAUCACGUGUAAGCCAUUAAUAGACACCAUCAUCGAGUCUGUCACAGCAGGAGCCAGGCAACAUCAGCAGGCACAGGCGUGCAUACUCCUCCAGAAGGCGCUGCAGACUCGGGAGCUGAAGGACUCCAUGGCAGUGGAGGAAUGGGAAGAGCUGAUCAGAAAGAGCAUCAGUCAGGUCACAGAGAGCUUGAUGGCAGUCAGCGAGUUCAAGAUGAAGGUGGACCAAGAGAAAGUCAUCAAGUGUUUGGAGCUAUUGAGUUUCCUCCUCAAAACUGCCAGCCAGCAGAUGCUGCACGUAGAGGUGACAGAGGUGCCUGGGGCACUGCAAGCUCUAAGCCUGCAGGAAGGGUUUGGGAAGUCCGUGCGCCUUGACAAUAUCUACUGGAACGUCAUGAAGCUGCUGGGAUUUACGCGACCCAAACGAAAGAAAGCAGCAACCCAGUCCAAGCAGCCCCCAGCAGUGGAGCCCCUCAAGCGGAAGAAGAAAGGCUUUCUGCCGGCCACCAAGAAACGCAAGAACCGCAAACAGGCCCUGGAGCGGCCCCAAGAAAACGAGGGGAUGGAGACAAAUGUUGAGGUAGCUCCAGAGGGCACUGAGGCUCCAGCCAUGGGGAGAAAGAAGAAGAAGAAGAACAGGAAGAGGAAAUGGCAAGUAGAGAGCAAAGGCGAGCAGGGCCCUCCCACAAAGAAGGCCAAAGGCAGUGCUGGCACAGAGACUCAGGGGGAGCUGGGUAAAGUCAAGUGGAAAAAGAAAGCCAGCAGGAUGCUGGCACCGUUGGCCUGAGGGACUCCAUGGACUAGCUCCGCGCUGGCAAGGCCAGCAGCAGCUUCACAGGUGUUUUAAUAACUUUUACAGAGAGCGUGUUUUUGCACGAUGCUGGUAGCGUGAAUAAACCACCCAGGUGCUGACCACGG